CCUCGUUUCGGGACGCUCUUCGGUCAGCCGGCAUUUUCUUUCUGCCUCCCUCAUAAUCUUAAAAUAAAAAUCAAUUUCUAGUGCUUUUUCUACAACAGUCAGCUUUCACCAUGCCAGGGUUUUCAGACAGAGAUCGUGGCAGAGAUAGAGGGUACGGCGGGGGACCUCCUCGGUUCGGAGGGGGAGGCGGGGGAGGAGGGAACCGGGGCGGACCCCCCCCGGGGAAGUUCGGCAACCCCGGGGAGCGGCUGCGGAAGAGGCACUGGAACCUCGACGAGCUGCCCAAGUUUCAGAAGAACUUCUACCAGGAACACCCCGAAGUCACACACAGAGCUCUGCAAGAGGUGGAACAGUACCGGAGGAGCAAAGAGGUCACGGUGAAAGGCCGGGAAUGCCCCAAACCCAUCGUCAAAUUCCACGAAGCUGCUUUUCCAAGCUACGUCAUGGAUGUCAUUGCCAAACAGAACUGGACCGAACCGACUCCGAUCCAGGCUCAGGGCUGGCCCGUGGCCCUGAGCGGGAAGGACAUGGUGGGCAUCGCUCAGACCGGCUCAGGGAAAACCCUGGCGUACCUGCUGCCGGCAAUCGUGCACAUCCAGCACCAGCCGUUCCUGGAGCACGGAGACGGACCCAUCUGCCUGGUGCUGGCGCCGACCCGGGAGCUGGCCCAGCAGGUGCAGCAGGUGGCGGCCGAGUACGGCCGAGCCUCCCGCCUCAAGAGCACCUGCAUCUACGGAGGAGCACCCAAGGGCCCGCAGAUCAGGGACCUGGAGAGAGGCGUUGAGAUCUGCAUCGCCACGCCGGGUCGUCUCAUCGACUUCCUGGAGUGCGGGAAAACCAACCUGCGUCGCUGCACCUACCUGGUGCUGGACGAAGCCGACCGCAUGCUGGACAUGGGCUUUGAGCCGCAGAUCCGCAAGAUCGUGGACCAAAUCCGGCCGGACCGCCAGACCCUGAUGUGGAGCGCCACCUGGCCCAAAGAGGUGCGGCAGCUGGCCGAGGACUUCCUGAAGGACUACGUCCAGAUCAACAUCGGAGCGCUGCAGCUCAGCGCCAACCACAACAUCCUGCAGAUCGUAGACGUCUGCAACGACAUGGAGAAGGAGGACAAACUCAUUCGUCUGCUGGAGGAGAUCAUGAGCGAAAAGGAGAACAAGACCAUUAUUUUUGUGGAGACCAAAAGACGGUGUGAUGAACUCACCAGGAGGAUGAGAAGAGACGGGUGGCCCGCGAUGGGAAUCCAUGGAGACAAGAGCCAGCAGGAGAGGGACUGGGUCCUUAAUGAAUUCAGAUAUGGCAAAGCUCCGAUUCUCAUUGCGACAGACGUGGCCUCCCGCGGCUUAGAUGUGGAGGAUGUGAAAUUUGUCAUCAAUUAUGACUACCCUAACUCCUCCGAGGAUUAUAUCCACCGCAUUGGACGCACAGCCCGAAGUCAAAAAACGGGCACCGCCUACACCUUCUUCACCCCCAACAACAUGAAACAAGCUAGCGACCUGAUCUCUGUGCUCCGCGAGGCCAAUCAGGCCAUUAACCCCAAGCUGAUCCAGAUGGCCGAGGACAGAGGAGGUCGUGGUCGGGGGGGAAGAGGCGGCUACAAGGACGACCGCCGGGACAGGUAUUCUGGGGGCGGGCGGAGUAACUUCGGCGCUAGUGGCUUCAGGGACAGGGACGGCGGCGAUAGAGGGUUCGGCGGGCCCAAGCCCGGCUUCGGGGGCGGGGGGGGCAAGGCCCAGAACGGGGGCGGGUUCGGGGGCGGCGGCGGCGGCGCUAACUCUGGCGGUAGCUACGGCAACAGCAGUUACAACGGCAACGGACAGGGAAACUUCGGGGCCCCGCCCGGCCAGGGCUUCGGCGGCCAGGGCUUCCAGGGCCCCCCCCAGUUCGGCGGCCCGCCGCGGGGCCAGAACGGCCUGAACCACCCGCCCUUCCCCUUCGGCUCCCAGCCGCCGCCGCAGAACUCGCCGGCGCCGCCGCCGCCCAUGGUGCCCUACCCCAUGCCGCCCAGCUUCCCGCAGUAACCACGGCAACGUACGCGCUUCACACGGAACCAACUUCUGUUCAGUCCUGGAAUCUUACAGUCUGAUUAUUAUUAUUAUUCUCCUUUGUACUGUUUUAACUUUGUUUUGCCUACAGCAGGGUGGGAAGUGUUCAGUAAAACCCCGUUAUUACCCCGGCGUCGUACACGCUACGCCCCCUACAGUGCAAACACGAUUAAUGCACUUUUUUUUUUCUUGACUGUUUUUGUUACAUUCCUCGGUAAUUUAUUUUUACUUGGUAAAUUUGAUGUCCUCAGUUUGUGGUAUGUUCAAAUGUGAUGUUAUAAGAUCAUAUAAAAGGGUGCCUGUGGCCCUUUUUAAAUAAAACAAGAAAA